AUGUUUUCAACCUCGUAUCGCGAAAAGACAGUACAGCUGGACGGUCACGAGGUGAAGUGUAGCGUGCUCGAUUUUGCCGACAAACAGAUCAUCUCUCUGUCGCGGGACGGAGAGCUGGACGUGACGUACGAUCUGCAGACUCGUCCCCUCGCGGUGGAAGGGUCGGGAACACAGGUGCCUACAGUGCUGAUUGGAGGCAACCUCAAGACCCAAGUUCUGGCAGGCCAGAUAGGCCAGAGCAUCUCCAAGAAUACUAUACUCAACACCAGUGGGAAAUUCUUCGCCAAAUCUGAGCCUGCAGACGAGGACCAUGAGCUGCUUGUUGAAUUGGUGGCAUUGGUCAAGACGGUGCUGCAGUCGCAGCCAGCAUAG